CGGGCCGCCCGCGCAGAGCGCACGUGAGGCGUUUCAAGAAUUAUCUUCAAAGACUCGCGCGUGAUCGUGUCUGUGUCGCAGUGUGUGCUCAAUGUGGAAAGCGAAAAGCGCGCGCGGCGUGACGCCCGCGCACCUCCGCGCUCACUGAGCGGAGACAAAGUUACAGUUCGGCACCCGUUUUUAAGUUCCACUGUGACGUAGACGGAAGCGGACCACCGACAAACUGCUGAUAGUGAAGCGAUGUCGUUAAACCUCUGAAGCUCGUGUUCGUAUAGCUAAGUAAGUUUCAACUUCUGAUUUUUUGUGCUUACAUAAGGACUGUGUACGACUUUUGAGUGUCAGUGAGGGUAGUUUCUCUUAUAAUCCUGAAAGCGGACCGUUGGCCACGAGCUAUCUCUUAUCUCACUCGAAGCCGCCGGAGCGGCCGUCAAAGCCUCCACAACAAUAAAGAUAAGAUCGGACCCAUAAACUUUCACAGACCGAUCUUACUUAGUUGACAGAACGAGGCGGUGCGUGCAACAUGCGCGCGUGCGCGUGGCGGCUGCACGCCUUCACCGCCGCGCUCGUGCUCGCCGCGCACCUCAUCAAAGUGUUGUCUUGCGGCGAGACGGGCGGGGGCGGCGGGACGCGCGCGCGGCGCUACGUGGGCCUGUACACCGGGCCGUACUUCGACCCUUCGGCGCCCAACAACAUCACGGCGCAGCUGGGGACACACGCCUACCUUCCUUGCAAGGUGCGACAGUUGAGUAACAAAUCUGUGUCUUGGAUCCGGCGCCGCGACGCGCACAUCCUCACCGUGGACCGGUUCACGUUCAUAGCUGACGAGCGCUUCCAGGCGUUCCUCGUCGAGGCGACUGACACGUGGACUUUGCAGGUGAAGUACGUGCAAGCGCGCGAUGCGGGAGUGUACGAGUGUCAGGUGGGCACCGAACCCAAGAUGAGUCACUUCGUACAGCUCAACGUCGUCGUGCCAAAGAUCGAGAUCGUCGGGGAGUCUGACCUUUACGUCAAGGCCGGCAGCACGGUGAGCUUGAAGUGUGUGAUCACGCAAGCUCUGGAGGAACCCGCAUAUAUAUUUUGGUAUCACAACGACGAACGUGUCCUCAACUACGACAGAAGCCUCGUCGAGAUCAGGAUGGAGCGCCUAGCACCCGACACUACGAUUGGAAACCUGAUAAUAUACAAUCCGCGGCGAGAGGACUCCGGCAACUAUUCGUGUUCGCCUUCCAACCUUGACUCCGCGUCCGUCGUGCUCCACGUGCUCAGCGGCGAACAGCCGGCCGCCAUGCAGCACGGCAACGGUGCGGCGGCUCCUCGCGCACGCGCGGUGCUGCAGUACGCAGCCGCCGCGCUCGCCGCGCCGCGCGUCUCGCGCAUCCUCGCGCUCCUCGCACUAGCUCUCCUUCUACCGUUGCAGUGCCACGACGAGGACUCACCAAAAUAGCGUCCGCCGCAUGGCGCCUCUCUCGCACAGCGGAUUCUGUGAAAUAUCGUGUCCUGCGCGUGUGUGACGUACGUUCGCGGACCUCUCUGAUACGUUAUAAGUUAUUAUUGUCGCUCGAGCGAGAGAGGUCCGAUGACGACGCGUCGUUAUUUAAUAUACUAUCGGUAAUCUCCCAGCGAGUCCAUCGCUGGGGCCUCUGUAAAGUUUGUACAUAUUAUUAUAAAUAUUAAAAUAUAUGAAAUCUUUUAAAUAAUGUAAACGCGCCUCGCGUCUCCGCCCGGGAUGCGUCGCGCGUUCCCGACCGCGGGGAGUCGUUACGGGGACGCGUGUUUUAAAUUCGAUGCCGUCGUUAUUAUAUCGAAGCGUUACGCUAGUGAUAGUAAUUUUUUAUUAACGAGUACUAGAGAUAAGUAUAAUUUCAUACGCCACCUCCCGGAACGGCUCCCGCUCGCUCUCACAUCGAAGUUGUCUAAUUCCGGUCCCGGGCCGAUGCGUCCGCUCCCUGUCGCCAAGCGACUAGAAGUGAUCGCCUUCGGGUAAUUAUUUAUUUCCGACGGGCCGUCGCCUGCGUCUCGGCGCUCGUGCGGCGUCCGGCGUCCGGCGUCCGGCGUCCGGCGUCCGGCGUCCGGCGUCCGGCGUCCGGCGUCCGGCGUCCGGCGCGCAGACGGCGGCCGGCGUUUGUUAAGUUGUACGAUGAGCAGUGAUACGGAGUAAAGUAAGUUUGAUUCGUUGACACUGUUACUGCCUCACUUGUAAAUAUAUAAAUGUAAGUAAUAUAAAUAAAGAUGAGAUCGUUGAAACAUUCACUGGUGUA